GAAAACUCAUCAUGGUGAAGGAGCUCAGGACCGGCGCCCUUUGGCGAGCCGUGACCGCAGAGUUUGUCGGAAUGACGCUUUUCGUUUUUAUAGGCAUAGCGUCUGCCAUCGGGACUUCGGAGCACGAAGGUCCCGAUCAGGAAGUAAAGGUAGCGUUAGCGUUUGGGCUGGCCAUUGCUACGCUGGCUCAGAGUUUGGGCCACGUUAGCGGAGCUCAUCUGAACCCGGCCAUCACUGUGGGACUGCUGGUCAGCUGCCAGAUCAGUGCUCUUCGAGCUCUUUUAUACAUCAUAGCCCAGAUGUUAGGAGCGGUCCUGGCCAGCGGGAUCGUUUAUGGUAUUCGUCCUAAAGAUGUCAAAGCUCUGGGGCUCAACGAGGUUGCUGAGAAUAUGACUCAGGGUAAAGCGUUCGGGGUGGAGUUCCUGGCCACCUUCCAGCUGGUGUUGUGUGUCUUAGCCGCGACGGAUAGCCGCCGGAGCGACGUGAAGGGAUCGGCGCCGCUCGCCAUCGGACUGUCAGUGGGUUUGGGACACCUGGUGGCGAUCAGCUACACGGGCUGCGGCAUCAAUCCUGCUCGCUCCUUCGGACCUGCUGUCAUUAUGAAGUCCUUUAAGAAACAUUGGGUGUUUUGGGUGGCUCCUCUGAUGGCUGGAGUAGCAGCUUCUCUGCUGUAUGACUUUGUUCUGCAGCCCCACAGCGAGUCGUACACUAAGCGCCUCCGGAUGGUCAGAGGAAGGACAGAUGAGGAAACUUCACCUUUAAUCGAGGCGCCCGGAGGCAGCGAGUCUCAAUGGCCUCGACGCUGAACACUCUGACUGUUGCAUUACCAAAUGACUUAAACACCUCAGUGUAGACUUUGUGUGUGUGUGUGUGUGUGUGUGUGAUAGUUGCCCCACAUCAUUUGUAUAAUGAGAUGUAAUGUCUGUGUCAUGUCUGUAAAGUAAACAUGGAGACAUUUUAAACCCAGCUGAAGUUUCCUGGUGUCUGUUUUCACUUCAAAUAAAAGUUGCAUUUUAUGAA